CCCACCCCAGACCCAGAGGCCGCUUUGAUGCACAGUGCUUUGUUUGGCUCUAACAAUGCCUUUCCUUUCCUUUCUUUCUUGUCCUUUCCUUUUUCUUUCCUUCUGGGUGGUUUUGCUAAUCUCACCUGCAUAUUCACUUAACUGCACAUCCCAGAAGUUCACCAACAAGCUUUUUGAUAAUUGCACAGACCUGCCCACACUCAAUGCCUACCUACACUACACCUACAACGCCUCCAACUCCUCCCUUUCAAUCGCCUUCAAGGCGCCUCCGGCCAAGACUAACGGCUGGGUGGGAUGGGGCAUCAACCUCAAUGGGACUGGCAUGGCAGGUGCCCAGGCUAUUGUGGCAAUGAAAAACGGCACCGUAGUGGUUGUGAAGAAGUACAGCCUCGCUUCCUACAGUGAUAUCAAGGAGACAUCGAAGCUAACGGUUGAUGCCUGGGACUUGAGCGCAGAGUCUGACUCCGCUGGGAACUUCGUGAUCUUUGCUUCUGUGAAGGUCCCGGAAGGUCCGUCGGUGAACCAGAUUUGGCAGGUGGGUCCAUCGGUGAACAAUGGGUUUCCGGUCAAGCACAAUUUCGACAAAGCAAAUCUCCAGGCCAAGGGAACACUGCAACUAGUGGCUUCACAGAGCAGUGGCGGAAAUACUACAACCGGAACUGGUUCUGAUUCUACUACUGGCAGUUCUUCUCGCGCUAAUAGUACUGGUGCUGGAUCCAAGAUUAAGGAGCUGAAUGCUGGUUUUCACUUUGGGCUUCUUGCUCUUCUAGGAAGUCUUACAGUUUUCUGAUUUGGUGAUUUUGAUUUUGAGAAUUUUCUUGUAAUUUUGAUGGAAUUUCUUGUAAUUUUGAUGGAAUUUUGGUAGUGAUUUGAGAUAAUUAAUUAGUUUGUAGAAAGCGAAUAAUUAACUAAUGUGUAUGUGAAAUUUGAUUA